AUGGCGUCCCUCCCCUGGCCUCACUGGCUGUCCAGCGCUGCCCCUCUGCCCUCUCACAUGGCUGGCCUGCCCCUGCCUCGAGCGCCGUCCCCUUUGAGUGGCCUCGCGGAGCCCUGCUCCCCCCUCACGACCCACCCCUGUGCCGCCUGGCCUCAAGCCUGCUCUGGGGGGGCCGGGGGCCUUGGGCCUCGUGUCCUGGGGCCUCCAGCCUCCCCCGGACUGAGGGGUGGAGGGGCCCCUGGCGAGCCUGGGCCCGUGUCCCCACAGACGGAGCGCCUGACGGCGGAGCAGAUCAAGGAGUACGAGGGGGUCUUUGAGAUGUUUGACGAGGAGGGCAACGGGGCGGUGAAGACGGACGCUGAGCGGCUCGUGAGUCUGCUGGGCAUCAACCCCACCAAGAGCGAGCUGGCCUCCAUGGCCAAGGACGUGGACAGAGGGAAGAAAGCGUUCUUCAACUGCGAGGGCUUCCUGGCACUGAUGGGCGUGUACUGGGAGAAGGCCCAGAACCAGGAGAGUGAGCUCAGGGCGGCCUUCCGCAUCUUCGACAAGGAGGGCAAGGGCUACAUCGACUGGGGCACGCUCAAGUACGUGCUCACGCGUGCGGGCGAGCCCCUCAGCGAGGUGGAGGCCGAGCAGAUGAUGAAGGAAGCCGACAAGGACGGGGACGGGACCAUCGACUACGAGGAGUUCGUGGCCAUGAUGACUGGGGAGUCCUUCAAGCUGGUCCGGUAGGAGCAGCCACUGCGGCCGUGGGAAGCCCUCUGCCUGCUGCCAUCACCCUGCUGCCCACCCUGCCAUCC